AUGAAUAUUGCAUCUAUUCAAGCCUUGACAAACAACAUUUCCUACUACGCACCGUAUUGUAUUCUCGUUUUGGGUAACGUCAGUUGUAUUUGUAACUUUAUUACAUUUACUGUCAAACAAUUACGACAUAAUUCAUGUGGAUGGUACUUUCUUAUGUCUGCUUUAUUUGAUUUUCUCUAUAUUAAUUUUGGUUUAUUCACGAAAUUAUCUUCAGAACAAUAUGGAAGUACAUUACAAAACACCAACCUUGCUUGGUGUCGGAUUCGUGUGUUUCUCACAUGGACUUUGCCCUGUUUUGCAACGAGUUAUUUAGUUUUAGCAUCGCUCGACCGAUGCCUUUCCACAUCAACAAUAACACGACUUCGUUCGUUCAGCCAGGUGAAGAUCGCUCGUCGAAUAACGCCGAUACCCGUUCUUUUGUACAGCCUUACAACUUGCCAUCAAUUUUUCUAUUAUGACCUUCGACCUACGUGUUCGCCGUUGCCAGGCACAUACGCGUUUUUCCUGUCGAUGUAUAGUAUUAUUUGGACAAGCUUAAUUCCGCAAGGUUGCAUGCUUAGUUUUGGAAUAUUAACCUAUUUAAAUAUUAGGAAAAGUCGUCUACGUCUUAUUCAUCCCGUUGCAGAAAGAACAAAUGAGCCGAAGCGCAGUCGCAUGGACACCCAGAUGAUUCGAAUCACCUUAAUACAAGUGCUUUGCAGUUCGAUAUUGUUGAAUAUUCGAACAGCUUACUAUUCGUAUACUGUCCUGUCGACAAGCAUAGCGAAAAGUAGCGAACGUCGUGCUAUGGAGUCACUACUUCUGCAAAUAUCAAGUUUCGUUUUCUAUCUGAACUUCAGCAAAGGAUUUUUUGUGAACACACUAUCAAGUAAAUUAUUUCGUCGAGUUUUUAAACAACAGCUGAUUGCAUUCUGCCAUCGAAUAACUUGCGGAAAAUUUCACAUGGCAUUCAAGGACGAACGUCAAGCUAAUCCUACAAAAGUCGCGUCCUAA